CACAAAUUCAUCUUUUAUCUUUUCCCAAACGGAGAAAAUGAUUCAAGAGACCUUUGCAAUCAACCAGGGCGUCAAAUUGACGGCGGCUGCGCUACCCUUACUACUUGCAUCCGAAUAUUACCAGUCUCGCAAAGGUGUAUGGGUUUUCAAACCAUUAGCAUCACUUGGUUUCUUGUUGUCAGCAACGGCCAACCACCAGGGCACAGCAGCAUUACCCGUCUUUUCGAAAUACAUUCUUCUUGGCUUGGGACUUGGUGCUGUCGGCGAUGUGUGCUUGAUCCCUAAAUCCGGGUUCUUGCUUGGCCUCGGUAGCUUCUUAGUUGGCCACCUGUCGUUAGUCUAUGCAUUCACAGUGCACGGUAUGGACGCGUCUUAUGCAUUAGCAGGAUUGGCAGGUACAGGCGCAAUUGGCACCAUUGUAGGCCGUUGGCUGUUACCCAAAGUCAAGGACCCUGUUAUGCGUAAGGCUGUACUCGGAUACAUGCUGGUCAUUACAGGCAUGGUGGUCACUGCCACUGCUAGUCUCCCACACACUCCAGUGCCUCGUCAACAGUAUAUGGGAGCUUUGAUGUUCUAUCUGUCUGAUCUGUUUGUGGCUCGUCAGGAAUUCGUCACCAAGUCUGUCUGGAAUUCUUGGAUCGGCUUACCUUUAUAUUACGGUGGUCAACUCUUGCUUGCUGGUACGCUUGCCCAAUAAUAUCCUCUAGUUUUUGUUUCCCACCUCCGUUCUUCAUUUGUAUAUAUAUCCCAGCUGUUUACAAUCAUAAUAAAU